UUUUAUAACUCAAAAAUGGAAAAGCAAGAGGAAAGAUGAGUAGAAGACUCUAAGAAAGAUCAGCCCACCCAAGAGAAAGGACUAAUGAACAUUUUCAUGAAAAGUAUGGGAAUGAACAUAGACCCCGCUGAAGCCCAAUACAGACUAAUUUGCUAUCCAAAACUGAUAAAUGACCGGAAAGAAAUGGAAUCCUAUGCAUCCUACAUCCCCUGGAUGACAUAUAGAGAAGGCUUCAAGUCUAUUGGAGGCUAUGAAACUGAUACAGGAUGGGGCUGCAUGAUUAGAGUUGCACAAAUGAUGCUCGCUUAUACACUUAUGCGUCAUUUUAAACACAAAAUGGACUGUAGUCAGAGUCAAGGCUUAAUGGUUGCAGAUAUAAUGAAGAACAUUCUGCCCUUAUUUCUUGACAAUUUAGCACAACAUGAAUCUCCAUUUAGUAUCCAAAAUAUUAUUAAAGAGGGGGAGAAAUUAAUAGGCAAAGGAGCUGGUGAAUGGUACGGAGCCCACUCGAUUUCUCAAGUAAUCAAAACGGUAAAUGAAAACUACAACAUGCAGUAUACAACUUACAAAAUUUUAACCUUCAAUGAUGGAAUAAUUUACAAAAAUGAAAUCGAUGAAGUUCUAACCUUUAAUCCAUUAAACGGAUGUUGAAUUAUCAUCCCUCUGAGGCUUGGCUUAAAAUAAGAUUGAUAAGUGCUAUUACACCCAGAUAAAGAAGGCUCUAUCCCAUCCUUGAAGUGCAGGGAUCCUCGGUGGUAAGAAAACAUAUGCUCUUUACUGAAUUGGAUACUUUGAUGAAAAACUGAUAACUCAAGAUCCACACACUAUCCAAGAUGUGGUAGAUGAGAUCGAUGAGGAUAGUUUCUCGACAUAUGUCAGUAGAGGAUCUAAAAUUAUUAAUUUCAGUGACUCAGACACCACAAUGGCUUUCUGUUUCUUCUGUAAUUGCCCUGAAGAUGCUAUCUUGCUCUAUGAAAGCAUAGAGGAAUGGCAAACGCAAGCAAACGACCAAGACGAAUACCUUAUUAGCAUUAAAGAACAAAAACAAGAGUAUGUACAUGAUAAAGACGAGGGUGAGAUAGUUGACGAUUUUGAACUCUUGUAA